AUAUACAUUCCUUAACGACAUUCCGCGCCCAGCAUGUCGUCCGUAGACCCGGACUCCGCUGUGCACCCUGGUGUACUCGGCCUUGAGGCACUAGUAGGUCAAGAUGCUAUGAAAAGACACAUCAGCAUCAGACACAUCGCCCCACAGGAAAAUAUCGCUACUUUGAAGGAUGCGUUCAAUCGUCACCUACACUUCACGAUGGCGAAAGACCGGAACGAUGCCUCGGACUGGCACUUCUACAUGGCUCUAGCCCAUGUUGUCAAAGACACAUUGGUUGGCCGCUGGAUUCGUACUCAACAGCACUACUACGAGAAAGAUCCGAAGCGCGUGUAUUACCUUUCACUGGAGUUUUAUAUGGGUCGCACGCUAACCAACACCAUGGUUAAUCUAGAUAUACAAGCAGCAUGUGAUGGCACCAUACGAAAGCUGGGCCUCAAUAUGGAGGAACUUGAGAACAGCGAGGCAGAUGCUGGUCUCGGAAACGGUGGACUUGGACGACUGGCUGCCUGUCUGAUGGACUCGAUGGCCACGCUAGGUAUGGCAGCUUAUGGGUAUGGCAUCCGCUAUGACUACGGCAUAUUCGAACAGAGGAUCAAAGGUGGAUGGCAGGUAGAGGAACCUGAUGAGUGGCUGAGGUAUGGGAAUCCGUGGGAAAAUGCAAGGCCUGAGUUUACUAUUCCGGUACAUUACUACGGUAGUAUCGAACAAAAUGGGGAAGGAUCCAAGUGGGUAAAAACGCAGAUUGUCCAGGCUGUUCCGUACGAUACGCCAAUACCAGGCUUCCGGAAUAACACGGUAAACACCAUGAGAUUGUGGUCUGCUAAAGCGUCAGACAGCUUCAAUCUCAACUUCUUCAACAAUGGGGAGUACCUGAAAGCUGUGUACGAUCGGAAUCUGGCCGAGAACAUUAGUAGGGUAUUGUACCCCAAUGACAAUGCGUUUGAAGGCAGAGAACUUCGUCUAAAACAAGAAUACUUUCUUGUUUCCGCCUCCCUGCAGGACAUAAUUAGGCGGUACAAAUCCCCUAAACGUGGAGGGGCAGAUGGUGUCAGAAAUUCGUUUGCAAUAUUUUCCCAAAAGGUUGCUCUGCAACUGAAUGACACACACCCCUCACUUGCCAUCCCAGAACUGAUGCGUCUUCUCGUGGACGAACAGGGACUGGCCUGGGAAAAUGCCUGGCAGAUUGUCCAGGACACAUGCGCCUACACCAACCAUACAAUACUACCCGAGGCUCUUGAACGCUGGUCCAUCCACCUACUGGAAAAGGUUUUACCUCGACAUCUCCAGAUCAUCUACAUUAUCAACCACCAAUUUCUUGAAGAUGUCAAGCAGCACUUUCCUGGAGAUGAUGACCGUACUCGGAGAAUGUCUAUUGUGGAAGAAGGAGACGAGAAACGCAUCAACAUGGCCCAUCUGUCCAUUGUUGGGUCUCAUGCGGUGAAUGGUGUCGCCCGCAUUCACUCCAAUCUGCUUAAGAGCAAAAUUUUCAAGGACUUUUACGAGAUGUAUCCCGAAAAGUUCCAUAACAUCACCAACGGCAUUACCCCGAGACGGUGGCUAUUGGUAUGUAACCCAUCUCUGACAGCGAUCAUUAGUAGCACCAUAGGUGCCGACUGGCCGACCAAUCUGCAUUCUCUAAGGAAUCUCGAAUCAUUUCAAUCUGAUGCUAGAAUUAUUCAGAUGAUCAUUGACUCCAAGAGAGAAAACAAGACCAGAUUGGCUGCAUACCUGAAACAGCAUGCGGAUAUCGAAGUAAAUCCUGAUUCCAUGUUUGACGUACAUGCCAAGAGAAUACACGAAUAUAAACGUCAACUGUUGAACUGUCUGCAUAUCAUCACUUUGUACAACCGGAUCAAAGCAAAUCCUGACCUUGACAUCGUUCCAAGGACAGUGAUGAUCGGUGGAAAGGCAGCACCUGGAUACUUCAUGGCCAAACUUAUCAUCAAGCUGGUCAAUAAUGUUGCCGAAGUUGUCAAUAACGAUGAAUCAAUACAUGGCAAAUUAAAGGUGGUUUUCUUGCAGAACUAUCGAGUCUCCCUGGCGGAGAAAGUCAUCCCCGCUGCAGACCUUAGUCAGCAGAUCUCUACCGCUGGAACAGAGGCCUCCGGUACUGGAAACAUGAAAUUCAUGCUGAAUGGUGCCUUGACAAUUGGAACACUUGACGGUGCCAAUGUUGAGAUGCGAGAAGAAGUGGGCGAGGACAAUUUCUUCCUGUUUGGGAUGGAUGAGACCGAGGUAGAAGCUGCGAGACCAAACUACUAUCCAAGAAAAUAUUAUGAGGAAGAUCCGGAACUGAAGCAAGCCCUUGACCAAAUCAACAACGGGUUUUUCUCGCCAGAGGACCAUGGGCUCUUUAGGGACAUCUAUAACCAACUGGUAUUCUCCGACGGGUACAUGCUGCUCGCCGACUUCCGGUCCUACAUCGAGUGUCAGAAGCGGGUCGAAGACCUGUACCGUCAGCCUCACAAGUGGGCACGGAUGUGUCUCCUCAACAUUGCCGCGGCGGGCAAGUUCUCUAGCGACCGUACCAUCAUUGAGUACGCCUCCAAAAUUUGGGGAGUUGACCCUUCCGGUUACAAACUUCCGCUUCCACAUGUGGUACAGAAUGAAUCUCAUUAAGAGCGAUCAAUUUAGCCGGGACAGUCCGUGGACAAAGCUACAAACAUAAUAGAGAAUAUGCAUGGUUAAAAACAAGAAUACCAUGUACCCAGUAUUUGUGCAAUAAAUCUUUAUGAGAU